AUGUUGCGGGCUUGCGGCAUCACGGAGUUUUUUCUUCCGGUGGAGAAGUCAGCAACCGCGCGGAUCAAAGAGCGGCCCGAAGACUUUAUUGUCGUGGAGGUCGAUCCCACAGGCGCUCGAACCGACGCGGAGGAUUAUCAGCUCUCCAUUGCGGCCGCGCCUUUCUCUUCGGAAAUCCACCCACAUAACGCGACCACCUCUGCCGCAGCUGCUGUUGAUGGGGAUUAUGGCGAUAUUAACGACGGCGCUGAGCUAACCGCGUCGUUGACCGGAAGUGAUAUUUUUACGGAUGCCACACGAGAGAAAUUACUUGCAGUUUUUGGCAGCAAACGCGACGCCAUUCUUCAGUAUGCCUCGGGUACCUUUGAGAAGGACUCGCAUGGGGGUGCGGGGGAGUACCUUGUUGCGGUGCUCAACUACAAGGGGGAGCGACGGCGCCUGCAUCACGCACUGAAACGUGCCUUUCCACACCUGCGCACUGAAACACGGCGUGUGUCAUCCUCACACGGUCCUUCUGAUUCAGUUGAUCAUCACGUGGUCGCCAUGUAUGACACCGGGUACCUUCUUCUUGCACACCUUUUAGGCGAAUCUGCGGCGGAAAGUGUUGAGGCAUGGAGUGGUUCGGUGCCACGCAGCGAUACGUUUUGCAUUGCAGUCAACCUCCCACCGGAGACGACGAAAGAAAAGCGACGUGCACUUCAUGAGUUGAUAUCCCGGCGUUAUCCGGGUCUCGUGUGUCUUGUCGCAAAUGGACAGGUGACGCUUAAGGUCUCUUCGACGAGGCACCGGGAGAAGCGCGCCCGUGAUGAUGUCGAUGACGCCUCGUCAGGUUUGUUCACGCACCUCGUUGUUCGAAAGCGGGACCUUGACAUGAUGAAACUGAGGCUCCUUUUGUCGAGGCAGUUUGACGUUUCCGAGAACGCCGUAUGUACAGCUGGGCUCAAGGACAAGUGUGCCGUCACGUACCAACGCUGCUCCGUGCCUCUAUCGACCCAGAAUUCAAAAUCAAAGGUGCAGCACGGUGAAACAGUUCGUCUGGUAUGGCCCGGCGAUCCUUCAAGCUACGCCGAAAUCCUGCAGCUUUUGGAGCCAUGUGCUACCCCUGUUGGCAUUGGCCAGCUUAAUGGAAACUGGUUCAGCGUGCGUCUCGUGGAUGUGCGGGGAAUGGCCUUUUGCGAGCUUGUCCAGCGUGUGCGGCUUAUUGAAUCAAAUGGGUUUUUAAAUUAUUUUGGUCAACAACGGUUUAGUGAGCAUGUGAGUAGCACGAAGGAUCACGUCGGUGUGCACCUGAUGGCCGGGAGGUGGGCGGAGGCCGUGCAAAGCAUACUGAGCUGUGUACCGGGAAUUUACGCUUCUUUCCCUGAACGCAUGAAGGUCCGUUAUGUACAAACAGGCGCACGUGAUGCUGUGUACGUUGUAAAGGCACUACAACGGCUGCAUCGAACGCAGUAUGCAUCUCCAUCAAACCCGCUUUGUAUGGAUGAUGUUGCUAAUUGUACAUCCCGUUGGCAACAAUUGUGCCACGACGCACUUUUAUCGGUCCCAUACAAUAUUCGUGCGUUAUGGGUGAAUGCGGCCCAAAGCCUUAUUUUUAACAUUAUGCUUUCUAAGCUGCAUGGUAUGGGUUCCGCCAUGGGGGCGGUAGAAGUGCUCCCCUUACUGGGCCACCAGGUGACGAUUGAAGAGCCUGUGCGUCAGGUAUUUGAGCAGACAUUGACGGAGCUGGACAUCAAGGAGGCCGACGUGCUCGAGCAGAAGAAAGUCCUUGGCGUGCCGAUUCCCGGUGCAGUGCGCCAGACAGUUGUGCGGCCCACGGGAUGCCGCCUCACUCUUGAGGGGAAUGACGAGGGGGACGCAAAGAAUGGAUUUGAUGCGACGGUUGAAUUUUUCCUUCCGCCGUCUAGCUACGCGACAAUCUUUUUGCGGGAGGCUCUGGGCUUUGACCGUUGUUGGUAG